GAGGUUCUUUUCCUCCCAUCCCCGUCCCCGCCCCUUCCUGGUACUUCCACCAGGCUCUAGGAAGUAAUCCGCAGGUGCGUGCAGUUCUUCCAUGCGUCGCUAGAGGGAGCCGUCGACGGAGAAACCCCAGCACUCUCAGGCUCUGGCUGUACUCCGCAGGUUGGUCUAUUCUUAGCCUCAGUGAACUUUCACCUGUAGACGCUGCCCAAACGCAAGCACAGCCCCUACUCAGCCCUGGAUUGCAUCAUUUCACCCCAGCAUGGGGAUCGGCGCAUUAAGGGCUUUGGUUCUUUGUCCUAUGGGGGCCAAUAGAGAACACAUGGAACAAAAUGUCUCCGGCAGUGGAAAAGAGGUCUGCGGAGAUGCCCGUCAUGGUGGGUGACAUCAUGCAGCUGCUGUGCUCCAUCUCCCAGGAGAGGAAAAUGCAGGCGGCUUUCAAGCACUCUGGGAAGGGCGCUCUGCUCACAGGGGCCGUGGCCUUUGUUGGUGGUUUGGUCGGUGGCCCGCCAGGACUAGCUGUUGGGGGCGCCGUCGGGGGUCUCCUCGGUGCCUGGAUGACGAGUGGACAAUUUAAGCCAGUUCCACAGAUCCUAAUGGAGCUGCCCCCCGCCGAGCAGCAGAAGCUCUUUAAUGAAGCCAUGAGCAUCGUGCGGAGCUUGGAUUGGACAGACGCCGUCCAGCUGACCACGCUGGUCUUGGGCAGCGAGGCCCUGAAGCAGCAGCUGCUUGCCAUGCUAGUGAACUAUGUCACCAAGGAGCUGCAAGCCCAAGUUCGGUAUGACGACUAGGCCACUCCCCUGGGGACAUGGGUGAUUCUGUGACUGUCAGAGGGCUGCAGGGCAGGCAGGGGAGCCUGGCAGAUCCCCUUGGGAAAGGCAUGCGUCAUUGGAGUGGCGCCUUGUACCGGAGCAGCAGGUGCUGCUGCAGAGGUGAGGCCAGAGUCCGGCUGCAUCACGACCCAGUGACUGUUUCCAGAGAAGCCGUAUUUUGUGCUGUUGUAUUCAUGUUGCCGAGCAGCCUGGGGAGCUGCAGAAGCCGGGACAGCCUCUUGCCAGCCCUGUGGCUGCUCUCCAAGUCCUCUCUCGAUUGCGCAGGAGCUGGGAGAAGUCGGCUUGCACCCCUGCCUCACUGUACACACCUCCAGUCUGCCUCAUCUUGUGAGGUCAGCUCCCCUUCCGGGCCCCUGUCGCAGGACUGGACAGCCAGGCUCCCCGCUCACAGGGUCUCAGAGUUGGCUCUUGCCAGAACCUGUCACCUCCUGAGUGCGCCCGGCCCUGCCAGUGACUUGGACAGUUGCGUGGGGAGGGAGUUGAUCUACACAGGUUCCAACACACUGGACUCUCCUGGGGGCUGCAGGCCUGGCCCUCCUGACCUGAGGCCUUGCCUUCCCCUCUCAGCAGUCAUGGGAGAUCUUUUCUUACUGCCAACUCUGGCUCUUUAUUGUUCUCUCAGCUUAGGUUAAACAUCACUUCAAAUAUUUCCUUCCCCUGAGACACAGUCUUGCCAUAGUGCCAGGUUGACCUCAAUCUCUGGGCCUAGGGGGUCGCCCCCUGUUGCUGGGACUGCAGGAUCAUACCACAGGGCCCAGCUUCAUCUCAGAGGCCACUUUUCACUAUGUAGCCCAAGGAUGACCUUCAGCCCGAGCAGUCCUGCCUCAGCCUUCCAUGUGCAAGAAUUAUAAAACAUGUAUCACUGGGUCUGGCCCCUGUCACUUUUAUCUAAAGUAAAUCCUAUUGUUCUCCAUCCCGCUCUGUUGCCUCUGAAGACAAACCACAGCUCAUAACUUACUUAUGUCAAAGGCAAAAUUAGAACAAAGAUCUUAACUGAACUGGCUACAGGGGUGUAUGUCUCUGGUCACAGCUACUUGGGAGGCUGAGGCAGGAGGAUCACCUGAGCCCAAGAGUUCAAGACCGAACCUAGAAAACAAUGAAACCCAGUCUCAAGAAAAGAGAGACAGACAGACCCAGAGAGAUCUCACUUGGUCUUUAUUCACAGUUGUAGAAUUAGGCAACGCCUUAUUCUGUUAACUAGAAUGAGUGUUUGGAAAUCCAGGCAGAAGAGAUAAAUAGGGAAAGUUCAGGGAAACCAGAACAAAAACGGCAGUGUUGUAGAGGUUACAGACCUUCUCUGUAGAGGUUACAAAAGAAGAAACGGCCAUGUCAUCCCAGCAAAAUCUGGCUUGCUGGGAACAUUUUUGCUUCUCUCUGUCUCUCUCUUGGUUUGUUUGACACAGGGUCUUUCUGUGUAGCACAGGCUGGCCUUAAACUCACCAUGUAGUCCAG